AUGGGUUCCCGAUUGAGAGAUACUGUACGAUUCUUAUUUGAAUUGUUCUGUGAAGUAUCACCCGGUGAUCAUUCAAGGGAGCCUUUUAUAUUAAGGAAAUAUCCUGAUUCAUACAAGAAUGAGGAGGAGCUAAAGAAUAUUCCAAAGUUUACAUUCCCAUGUCAAUUAGAUAAUACAUUCGUACAACAUUACUCGUUUGUGCUGACUUCAGUGGACUCCAAAUACACAUUCUGCUUCUGCCGAUACGACCCUAAGGCGCAUGCUGCAUUAGUUUUGCUCUCGCAUUUACCAUGGCACGAUAUAUUUUACAAGUUGUUAAACUGUAUCGCAAAUUUGCUGAACAGCCCGGAGAGGGGGGAGUUGUCGUCGUUUCUAGAGGCGUGCCGCAUACGGCCACCGAUGCCCGGCCACACGCUAAAAGUUACAUACAACGCGGGCCACAGCGUGUUCUCUUGCCAGUGUCCGGACGCGAAACUGCCGAGCAUUCCGGAAAACUGCAACCUAACGGAGUACUUCAGCGCCAUGGACACUAAGUGCAUGGCUGGUCUGUGGGCGGCCCUGCUGCACGAGCGUAGGGUUGCGAUAGUGGCGUCGAAGCCCUCCCGUUUGUCCGCGUGCGUGCAGGCCGCGAACGCAACCCUAUUCCCCAUGUCCUGGCAGCACAUCUUCAUACCGAUACUGCCCAAGCACCUGGUUGACUACCUGCUGGCCCCCAUGCCGUUCCUCAUCGGAGUUCCUAGAAGUGUUAUGGAGACCGUAAAAAUGUCAGAGAUUGGUGACGUUGUCGUAUUAGACGUUGACGCCAGUGAAGUACGAUCUCCCUUUAAUGAUUUGGAGAGCCUGCCAUCGGAUAUGGUAGCGAGUCUGAGGAAAGCUCUAAGUGAUAAAAAUGCACUCGGCGACGCCGUAUCGAGGGCUUUUUUACGAGCUUUGGUGUGUCUUAUUGGAGGCUAUAGAGACGCUAUUAGAAUUGAGAAAGGUCAGCUGAUCACUUUCAAUCCGGAGGCGUUUGUCAGGACGAGGAAGAAUAUGCAACCAUUUUUAAGGAAAAUACUUCAGUCGCAAAUCUUCCAACAGUUCAUAGACGAGAGGCUGGACCUGCUGAAUUCGGGGCGCGGCUUCAGCGACGAGUUCGAAGUGGAAUGCAACAACUACGCAGAGAAGAUGAGCACGGGCAGCGGUCAGAAACUCAAGCAGCAGUAUCGAGACUGGGCGAAGACCGUGAGGAAGGAGGGUGGCGCGUUUUUCAAGAACGUCAAAGACAAGGCGAACCCCGCGGUACAAUCGGCUGUCAAAACGGUCCGACAAGGUGGUAAAAAUAUGAAAUCGGCCGUGAGGGGGCUGAAAAACAAAAUGCCGAAGUCGGGCUCCAGACCUUCUUCAGUGAACACUACAGACGACAGCAGGUUCUCAUGUGGGUCGGCGACGCCCGUCUCGUCAGAUUCCUCUGACUCGUCGCCAGCCCACGACGCGCCUCCAAGGGAGCCUCCCCCCGCCCUCCCCCUAGAUCUGUUAACGGAAAUGGAGUUCCUAUUCUCGAAUAACUCCCAACGGCGCGAUAGUUACCCCAAUAGCACGCACAACACUAUAAGUCUGCCCGACAAAUCCAGGACACUGUCGCCAGCGCCCCCCCGGCUACCGGAACGCCCCCAAAUCCCCCUCCGCUACCCGAUAAUAUCGACGCGCCGCCUGGUCGACGUGUCGGACGCGCCGGCGCCUCCGCCCCGCGCCGCGCCCGCCCCCUCGGCCGCCCAGUUCGUCAGCAACGUGACGAGGAGCGACGCCCGCGCGGCCGACUUCCACACUAGCGCGAUCCGCUUCGCCGGCGGCAAGGACAAGGGCAAGCUGGAGCUGACCAUGUCCACGAACCAGCGGAGGGCGUGCAACGGGAGCGCCCCAAAGCUCCCGCCCCCCCUCAGCGCCAGGCACGAGCCCCAGCGCCCCCUCGCGGCCGCCCCGCCCAAGAGGAGUCACGAGCCGCGUGGCUCGGUAUCGGAUCUGAUUAAACUGGACGAUACGCCGACAGAGCUCGAGAUUUUCGAUCCGCUAAUGUGCCGCGACAAAGUCGACAGCGUCGAUCAGAUCAAAACGUCCACGGACAGUGCACUUUUGCACGAGUAUGGAUUAGAUUUCAGCCAAUUCGGGCUGUCGGAGUUUACCAGUAGCUCCAGUGCUAUACCCGAGGCGGCCCCCGGCGUGCCCAAGGGCUGGACCACAUUCAAU